ACCGAAAAUUCAUCCUUCCGAUUUCGGAAAGUUGAACUCUCGGCGCAUGUGUGGUGAAAAGAAUUGUAAUUUUGGAGAAGUUGACGCGAAUCUCAUGAAAAAUCGAAAAUGGCAACUUUUGAGGGUUGAAAUUCAGAAAUAGUAUGGAAAAAAUAUAGCGUGCAUCCAUCACCGUGACCAUUUAUAAAUCUCCAUCGUCUUGUUACAAAGCAAACGAUUUAUGAAAAAUCACAUUCUUCGAAUCUUUAUGCUACGAUGAUUUUUCACAAUUUUAUUCCUCGAAAGCUAGUUAUUUUGUACAUAAUAUUUCCAAAUUUCGACCCUCAAAAUUGAAUUACGCAAUUUUCCAUCGAACAUGCAUAAAUUAUCUUUUUUCGUAGUAUCAUUUGUAUUAAUUUACACAUAUUUGGUAGAGAUUGAUUAGGUACAGAUUGUAUGGACAGGUUCGAGAGGUAUACCGUUCAAUGAGCAACUAAGCCAUAUGCACUUAUCGCACUUCAUGACGUGAUACACGCCACCUAUCGCCACUCUUCAAGGAAUAGUCGCGAUCGCGAUUCGAGAGUUUCGAAAAACGCUCCGAAUCGUCGAGGGGAUCACGAGCGAGCGCAUCGGUGCUAGAAACUCCCGACUUUCUACACUCGAAAAGCGAUUGGACUCUUUUUCAGUUAGACCCAGUGUUGCUGAGUCGUUGAAGUUUCGCUGCACGUUUCUUUACAAUGAACAUCAAUUACAUUUUUUACACAAUGAACAUUAACUUCACGCGAAUAACAUUCUUAUUGAUGGCCGUCGUAACUGGUGGAAUUGGAAUACUGAUUAAUUUUAUAGAAAAAUAUCUCCCUGUAUUUCUCACGCGAACUUACCGUUAUGGUAAAUUCCCUGUUGCCACGGAACACCCGUUAGUCUCAAAGCUCGAGGUACCCAAGAGAUGGUUCAAACAUUAUUACGAGUUCGCCGCUCCAACUGCGACUUUCGUACUCGUCAUGACGAUUUAUCGGUACAUUUUGGAAUACCCAUCGCCAGGAUUUUUGAACGCAAUCCUCGAUUUACAACUGGGUAGUGGAAGAAAAGCUCUCGUUAGUCCUGAGAGCACACUAUUAGCGGUUAUUCUGAUAAACGUACAGUGUUGGAAACGGCUGUACGAAUCACAUUAUAUCAGCAUAUUCAGCGAAGCGAAAAUGAAUAUCGUGCAUUACUUCGCUGGAUUUAUUCAUUACUUGGGACUGAUGACAUGUGCCAUUGGAGAGUCUCAGGGAUUCGCUCCUGGUUCGACGAGCGUGCUCCGUUGGGAUCGACUCACUAACCUGCAAUAUGUCUGCGCAUUUGUGUUUCUUUUGGCAUCCUACGAACAGCUGAAAACGAAUCACAUCCUCGCGAAUUUGCGGAAGGAUAAAGCCGGUAACGUCGUCACUAAAUCGCACAAAAUUCCGAGAGGUCGACUCUUCGAGUUCAUCUCAGCUCCCCUGCAGUUUACGGAAAUCAUUAUGUAUACGAUGCUCGCUAUUAUUUUGUGGCGAAGCUCCACGUACCACUACGUCUAUGCAUGGGUACUCGCCAAUCAGUUCGAAUUCGCAUUUUUAACACACCGAUGGUACACGGAAAAAUUCAAAGACUAUCCGAAGCAACGAAUGGUUGUAAUUCCUCGUGUAUUCUGAAUAAAUAAUCGUUUUUACUCAA